UCGGGUGUGACUGUCUGUAACGGAACCGACCCUCCUGCUGCAGUUUAACCUGGGUUAACACUUUAUUUAUCCCGAGUAGUUUAUGGACAGCAUGUCGCACACCGUCAUCACCACCUCGACCACCGGCAGGACGUCCGGGGACGGAAUGCUGAACCUGGGCUACACCCGGACCAUCCCGGGGCUCCUGAAGAUAGGGCAGAUGGUGGCGCUGCUCGUGGCCUUCCUCUGUGUUCGCUGUGCGCGGGGCUGGCCCAGCUGGGCGGCCUUCCAGUUCUUCGAGGUGGUGUCGCUGUGGUUCUUCAUCGCCUUCCUCCUCUUCUUCCUCAUGCACCUGUUCCGGCUGCAGGCCAAGAUGCCCUGCUUCAACUGGCCUCUGACGGAGUUCUUCCACUACUCGGUGGGGGUCGUCCUCGUGUGCAUCGCCUCCAUCGUGGCGGCAGUGAAGGCGGGGGGGGUUUCUGCGCUGGUGGUGUCAUCGGUGUUUGGCUUCAUCGCCACGUUCCUGAUGGCGGUCAGUUUGUGGACGACCUACAGCGUGAGCUGCGGCCCUCACCAGACCGGUGCAGUAGUGUAAGCAGCGUUUCAUCAUGAAGCAACCAGACAGCUGUGUUUGCAGUUUGCUGUGUCCCGGUCCAUUUUCUGCCUAGCAACCACCCGGAUCAUUCACCUGAUUGGAUCAGAAUCAUUCCUGCAGAGGUAAUGGAACAGCUGAUCCAGGACCAGCUGUCGUUUUCUACAAGCUGAAGCGUAAAUAUCCCGAUCAUCCCGGUAGAAACCCCGACAGGACGGCAGUCUCAGUGUUCCUCAGAAACCCAGAAUACAUUUAGAUUCCCUCUCUGACUUCAGAAGUCACAUUUACAUGUUAAAGGUGCUCAGUAAUCAUCAGUGUAUUAAUAGAAUCAGUAUCAACAAAUGACACAGCAGUGCACCUUGUAUUGUCCUCACAACUACAUUUCCCAUCAUGCCUGCUGCUUCCCGCCCUAAAUUUCCCUCUAAAAGCUAAACAUGUCGUUUUUUAAUGUUCCUUCCUUCCACCACCUGCUUUCAAAUAUAUGGAGAAGCUUUUUUAGGACAGUUGAAGCUGUGUUUGAGCUCUAAUAGUCUAAUAGGACAGAGCCGUCUUCCUGUUGUGUGCCAUAAAACAAUCACAACCUUUUCCCGCCAAAAUACAAAUCCAGCCGAUUUCCCGCCAAAAUCUCACAAGUCGUAGUUCAGCCUCCGUCACGCGUCGUCAUUUUGUUGCACAUUUUCUGUGGUUUACAUUAAAUAGCUUGAAUUUAUCGAUUCAAAUAAUUCAAUCUUACUUUUAUUCUUCAGUAAAAAAAAAACACUCUGGACCACUCUUUUUUAUACUCACGUUUCUUAAAUGCUCAACACUCAAAUGGUGCACAGUAUAGCCCUGUUAGCCCGCUAUGCUAAUGUUUGCUAGCACACUUUGGAUGCUCAUUCUUCUGUGCUAACAAUCAUUAACAAGCUAACAUUUUACAGAAAAAUAACCUGCAUGCUAAUGACUUUGUUAGCAUGUUAAAACAUUACUCAGGGGCUAAUACUUAAGUGUGCUAAAAAAAACAUACAAUAGCAUGCUAAAAAACUAAUUCUGUGAAUUGAAACAAAAAGAAACAUUAGCAUGCUAACACAAUGCAAACAAACAACACGGAAAAGUGCUUCACUUGCAAUUAAAAGAAAAGUCUGGUGAUGAUUGAUAUUUCUGUUAGUCAACGAAUCCCAUGUGCAGAACCAAACCAACAAUGAUUUAGAAAACAACAACAACAAUUAUCUUGCCUUCAUUUAGCGACAAAUAUGGAUUAUAUCGCUGCUGAAAAUGGUCCCAAAAAAAUGCAGAUUUCCUUUAAGAUUUAAGAGGAAACUAUCUCACACACACACACACACACACACACACACACACACACACACACACACACACACACACACACACACACACACACACACUAUCUGACAGGAAACACAACGUUUUAAGAUGUUCUGCACAUGAGGUUUUUUGACAACAAGAAAAACAGAAUACCACCAGUGAUAAUCCUCAAGCAGUAACCUCAGUACUGUUUUAAAUGAAAGUGUGCCAUUGAUUUGAGAUAUUAACAACAUGAACCAAACCGUCUUCCAUCGGGGCGCGGCUCCCGUGACACAUCUCAUAACUUCCUGUGGAAAUCGAUCGGCUGCAGUUCAGAAUCAAAGGGCGGCAUUUAUUACAGUUCCUCUCACAUUCAGGACAGACUCUACUGUCCUCGGUGCUUUUACAGAAUAAAACUGCUCGUCAUUUAAAUCCAAAUUCACUCAAAAUGUUUCAGAAAGCACAUCAUUUCUUAUUGACUGCAAAAAAAGAGAGCAGUUUCCAUAUUAAACUCAAAAAGUUAUAAUGAUUUCUAUGGAGCAAAUGUUUGAAAAGGAUUGUGGAAAUCUGUUGGCACGGAUUCAUGAAGUUCCCGCACAUAUACCUAAAGUAAAAUAUAAAGGAUGUAAAUGGCAACGUACACAUGAAUAUUUAACUAUUUUGUACAUUUUAAUACACGUGGAUUUAUUGAAUGUACGCACGCAUUUGAAACGCUUAUGCAUGGAUUGUAUAACAUGGAGAAUAAUAACUGACUGCUAAAAAGAUAAACAACAGAUUAAUAAAUCAAACAUUUAGAUAAAAAUCUACGCACAGAUUAAUAAAACAUAUGCAUGCGAUGAAUACACACAUGGAUUAUAAAACAUACUUCUAAAUUGUACGACAUAAAAUGUAUUUACGGUGGAUUUUAAAAGUAUAUAUUGAUUAAUGAAUUGUAUUUACAGAUAAAGAACACAUGCAUGAAUUGAUUAAAUGAAUGCACAGAUUAUAUGGAAUACUGAUUUAGAUUAAAAGCACUCAAUUAUAGUCAUCCUUAAAAGGCUUUACAGUGAUGUAUUAUUCAAUUGUCCUUCUGACGACAUAAGAGCGAAUAUACUAUCGACUGGGGUCGGAAAAAAUAGUGAAAAUACAACAAAUAUCCGAUUUGAUGCACGUAAGAGAAACAGAGGUCCCACUUCUCUGUUAAAGCACAACACGUCUCCAGAUACCUGGUCUCUACCCAACCCUCACAUUUUAUAGUAUUUUCACUAUUCGUCUGACUUUGAAAUAGUAAUCCGUGCACAGAUUUCCACGUCACAUGACUCCCAGCUCCGUAGAUUUCUGACCAAUCAGAGGAUCUGUGCCAUUAAGCCGAAGUUAUGUUGACGGUACGACACGGUUUGCAGUUUAUCUUUUAGUUCAACAAACAUUUCUGACGUGCUGAAUAUUUGAUUUAUGUUUUAAAGCACACGGCUGCAGACUUUGAACGACUCUCUGAUCAUGUUCAAUUAGCUUUUAGCUUGGCUACCCGAUUCUCCCUCUAUAAUGACUGUUAUUUUUAAAAGGCACGUGCAUUACUGACACUAAAACAACACCUCUUUCCAAGCCCUGAAAGUUAAAUGUCUUUUAAACAUUAGCUGCUUCUAGCUUCGUCUUAAAUUAGCAUAACAUGUUUGAACUUGAAUUAGAGAUCUUAAAAAAGAGUUCAAUAAUAUGAUGAUCGUGACGUUCUAGUCAAUGAAGUACGUACGAAACGUUUCAUAUUUAAAAAUAAAAUGUGCUAAUUGUAGGAUGUUUGACUAUGUUUUGACUAAGACUAGUUUGCUAUCAACUGUUAGCAUAUUAGCAAAAGAGAUCACUUGAAUCCACCUGCUCUGAAGGGAUGAAGUAAAAAAUGUAUUUAAUGUAAGUAUUGGUAAGUAACAAGCUUGCAUAACUUGGCCCCUCAGUAAAAGUAGAGCUUUAUUAACUGUAACAGAAGAUAGGUGGAUUGGGAGAACUAAAUUAGCACUGCUAACGCUAAUCUUAACCUAGCUAAAUCCUCCUUUGAGCAUAAAAUGAGGUAAAACUUAGAUAACUAGCCUUAGGUAACUAGCCUUAGCUAACAAGCUAAACAAGCUAUUUUAGUCUAACUUGGCACCACUGUUCAUGAUAACAUCGCGCUUACUUAGCUAAACCUUUUCCUCGUUGUUUUUUAAACAGAAAUCUAUCUGUUAGCAGCGGAGACAUGUUUGUAGAAUUAAAACUGAUAUGUAAAUAUGGCUGCUGGAAAACUGAGGCUGUGUUUGAGUGAGAAACUUUCUGACAUUUCUUGCUUCAAAACUCUACAAUUGUUGAUCCACAGAUAACUGCCUUACUGUUGAUCAGAUGCCAAAAAUAUGAGAGUAAAACUUUGGACUUUGCACUGAAUGUGUCCUCUUACAUGCGUCCAAAGCAGCUCCGAUUACAGAAUGAAGGAUUUAUGUCUAAUCUGACUUAGAGUCGAGUGUUUCUCUUUGACUCUGGCCAUGUUAAAGGUUUACUGGUGAAUUAUAAUGGAUUUAAAUAGAGCUUAUUGCCUAACUUCUGGUGCGUUCCCUACAGCCCCGACACACUGUGUGAUGGCAGCGGUCUGACAGAAUAACAACUUCACACUGUGAGAUUAGUAAUAUCACAUUUUGGUUGAUCCGUAACCGAUAAUGCAAUGAAUGUAAAUACAACAUUUUGAACACAAAAACUGACCAGUGAAAACCGCUGUGAAGCCAGCAUACAGAAACUAAUUAUUUAAAUAAAAGCUGACCUGAUUCAAUUGCUCUUUUCAAUUCACGUAAAAUGACCUUGUUAAUUCGACAGAAACCACAAACCCUAAACUACGUUGUCUUUGCUGCCACCAUUUGCAUUUUCUCAACUUUUUACAAUUUUAGGAAAGUUUGAAAGUUGAAUGAACAAAGCUUCACUGCCUUCCUAUAGUUUGGUUUUAUGAUUACCUGUUCAUGGGUGCUAGUUUACCAAAUGUGGGUUAAUAAAGCGAACAACAACAUAUUUCAUAAUUAGAGAUUACAUUUUUUGUAAGGCUCUCAAUAGAUCAGGUUUAAGUGCAAGCCUCCGGAAGGAAAGGCUAAUCAGAGCCAAUGUAGUCCAGUUUUAUAGAAGUCUAUGAGAAAAUGACCCUAAUGCUCUCUUGAUUUAUUACCUAACGUUUUCCUGAUGAGUUUAUAGUCUCAAUCUCUAGUUUCAAGUAUUCUUCAACACAGCAUGAUGUUCAUUUAGUCAAUGGGGUAAAAUAGACGAUAAAGCAGCCGAUGCUUUAGGGCGGGGCUAGCUGUGAUUGACAGGUUGUUGCCACACUCUUAGCUCUUCGCAGUUGAAGUUUUCACUUCCUGAAACGUCAUUUUGGUCGCCUGAAAAUAUCUUGUUCAGCGUGUCAUGGCCUGGCUCUUGGCCAUAACAAAAGCGUGGAAAGGACAAGAUAUAAGAAAAUAUAUUUAUUACAAUAACCCAACGUUAAUCAAAACUAACAUAAAGGCAAGUCAAAAGCAUAAACGAAGUGGCUGCUCUCCCAAAACAGGUCCUCCGUGGAGAGAGACUCUGGCUCAGGCCUUUUACUCCUCCGGUACCGGCAGCCAGGUGUCCUCAAUCAACACUGACACAGACAAAGGGAGAACAUUAAAGGGCCACACACACACAACAGGAGAUAUCAAAGCAGGGGUCGUCACAAGCGGCCAAAAACCAAUAUGGAAAAGGCAAAACAAAUCCAAACUAAAAGGCUUUAAAACGAAAGACCACGUCCUUUUGUUGAUUACAGGCUUUGAUCAGAUCGCAAUACAAUCAGAUGUUACACAACCAUAUUAGACUGAAUACAAUUUGUUCUCAUUCGGGUCCCAGAGUCACAUCUUGUCUCCUAAAUAUCUCAACAGGCGUCUUAAAGUUAGUGGAAGUAUCUCACAGUGUGAUCUUAAAACACCAUUUUGGAUUAACCGCCAAAGAUCUCAGCUCGUCUUCCCUCACGAUCGUCAGCUUUUACCCGAGGCCGCCCAGAAUCACACAGUGUGUACGCGGGGGUUUCCAGUUCAACACCAUUAUAGUCACACCUAUUUCAAAGCUGUUUUCUACAAAGCUUUACAUUGCUGAGUUUCACUUUCAGAUAUUGAUGUUGCUUCCUGGUCCCAGAUGUUCACAUGCUGUGUAUUUGCUGCUUCACUGUACUGUAUUUACAUUUUGGUCUGGACCAGUUUGACAUUUGAAGGACUUAUUUUAUAUUAUCGAUGCACUGAUAAAAUGUAAAAUGCUGAUACCAUGUUUAGUUAGUUGAUUAAUGAACUCUUGAUUUGUAUAAUAAGGACCCUGCAUUUGUUUAAUACCACUGGACACAAAGACAUGAGACCUUUUGAGAUUUUAGUCAGCGUGCUUUGAUUUGUUUUUAAGAUUUUUUGUAUUUUUAUUGUGUAACUUUUGAUAUACCAGGUUUUUCCAUCAGUAUCUGCCCACGGUCCAGUUUUGGUAUUGAAUUUUGAUUUUUUUUUUUAUUGGUGCAUCCUUAAUUUUAUAUAUUGCUGCCUGGAGGUUUUGUCUGGAACCAGAAUGAAUCAGAGUGUUGCUCCUCAGAUAAAGAAAUACUGUGACUAUCAAAGACGAUUAGCACACGAUUCCUUCUGGCUCCAGGCCGGACAGAAGCAGACUGUUUACAUUAUUUAUUUUCUGCAUGGUUGUAUUUUCUGAUGCUUUAUGAUGCCAUCUGUUCUCACUGAUGCAAAGUGACCCUGUGAGGCGGUGAGUCCACUGGGAGAUCCAGAAGGCUGAACUGGUUUGAAAUGUGAUGCGUAAAGAUCCCGGACUAUCAUGAGGCGUUGUCUGGGAUGGGAAGGACAUUUCACAGUAAUCCAGUUUUUCAGAUGGGUGUAAAGUUAGAAGAAAGACUCUCCAAAAACAAGUCGGAAAUAAUGAAAACAAGGUAUUUUCACUUUAAAUAAGUAGAACAAUCUGCCAAUAGAACAAGUGAAAAUGUGCUUUCUUCAAAUAAGAAGGGAUAUUUAGAUAAAUCAGAUCUUGUUAUUAGAUGAAAAGUUAUUAAAAAAAGUUUCAUCUGAAAUACAACUCAAAAUAAGAUGUUUUGACUUAACAAGAUGAUGCAAUGUCUAAAACCAAGACCCUAUCUCACUGCAGUGUUACUUCUGAAGUUAGUGUGUCUUAUAUCAGGUGUAAAGAUAUAUUCUGACUAGAUAUUAGGCAAAUACACUUGGCAAGAUUUCAAGUUUUUGUAGUGAAUAACGUUAAACUAGAGAUGGUGUGGGAUGUCUUUAUUUUAUUCCCUAUGCUUUGUACUUUAUAAGAAGGAAUGUGUACAACUUUCAGGGUAAAUGAAGGCUUGUUUAGUCUCUUAAAGUUUGAGUUAAUUAUCUACCUUGAUACAAUACGAUGGGAUGGUGAGAAACAACAUUUCGACCCCCCUUUCUGUAUAACAAAAAUUGAUGAAUGAACAAUAAAGUUGACUUGGACUUUGAUAUGUCCAUCCAUCCAUCUUCUACCGCUGAUCCGGUGUCGGUUGUGUGGUGCAGUGAUGACGUGUUUCCAGGACCAUUUAACAAACAUUAAAUUCAACUUAUUGUCAUUUCAGGAUUGACUUUAGUCUAACCUUAUGAAAUUGUCGGACCCUUGAUCUGCGAUUUCAUGGUUAUCAUUCAUAUUCGCCGUUCAGGAAAAGGUUAAGGUCAGAGACAAUGUUAAUAUGUUAUUCUGGUUUCAUAGAGAUUGUUAGCAGAAGUUGACGAUACAUUAAAGCUAAAGUUCCGUGUAGAUGCUGUUCUGGAACUUUUGAUGGUAUCAUAAUCGGUUAAAGCAGGGUUACACGCACGAGGAAUUUGCUUUGGUAUAAGUGGUGCAUACAGAGACACAGAAAGUAGAAUACGUAAUCACGUUAUCUUCCGAUCUUCUCUUAGCUCUAUCGUCUAAGAACUCUAUCGUCCAGUUCUUCGACAAUGAGCUUGACAUUCAAAACACAUUGAUGGAAUGAUAUCUGCCGGGAUAGAUCGCGUGAUACCGUAGAAAGUUCCAGAACAGAUACUGAAUGGACCCUUAUGUGAGAAUGUUUCGUCAACUUUCCAAAAGUCAUCGAAAGGAAAGAUAGGAAUCAAGAGAGUCUUUCAAUUUAGGAUUUUAAUGGAAGAGAAGUCAAUGUGUUUUUGUUUUGUUACUUUCUUACUUUACACCCAUCCAAUGUCACGUUACACACCUUGAACGUUGUGUAAGAAGAGUGUGUACAAACUUUACAAACCUCUAUGUGACGGAAAUGUCCGGAUUCUGUGAGAUGUCAGUCCACUUUUCUAGAUCAGUGCUACUAGCAAAUCAGCUAAAACAUGAACAAAAAUGGUGGUUCAAACAGGAAGAGCCCAGUGGACUCCUGAGCGUUCAGAUUAUUUCUGUUUUUCUCCAAAGUGCCUUAAUGUUCUGUUGAUGUAAAGAUCGGGUCAUUAACCUGCAGUGUGCAAGCUAAUGGGCCGACUUUGUUUCAGCGAGGAAACAGAAAAACUGAAGACAAUGAAACCAAUUUAAAAUGUUGAGGUUUGUGACGGUUGGGGGGAGAGAAAUUACGUGAUUUCAUUUAGUUUUAAAAAGAGAAAAGAUGUCCACAGUAUUAUUAUAAGUCACAUCACAAAGAGCUCACAUGACUUGUGUUGUUUUUCUACAUUUUUUAAAAGUGUGUUUAGACUACAAGUUGUGGUUUGUUGCAUGUUGUAAAUUAAAGGCUCAUUGCACCAUU